AUGAGCAGUGAAGUCAACGUUACAGCAUCCAUCUGGGACACCACACGGUCUGCCCAGGAUGAGUCCAUGCGGCACCUGUCAACAUUAAAUCAAACUCUCAUCAGUUUCUUGUACGUCUUUGGCGUUGGGGCAAAUAUUUGUUCUUUAAUUCUUUUAAAGCGGGGAAAAACCCCUCGAAACCGAAAACAGACGCUAAUGGUCCGGUGUCUCAUCUGGAACGACCUUCUUGCCCUUGUGGGAUCUUUCUUUCUUAUGUAUGUGCAGCUUUAUCUCCUUCUAGAAGACAAAAUAAUUCCUCGAUGGUUUUGUAUUCUCCGGGUCCUCCUCCGGACUUUUGGCCUCUCCUCCGGCAGCGUAGCCACAGUUAUGGCGGUAGAACGCUGGUUAGCACUAACUAGGCCUUUCUUCUACCAACAGCAUAUCACUCACAAAACGAUCAAAAUAGCCAUUGGAUCAUUACUGACUGUCUCGCUGAUCAUGGUGUGUUUACCUUUCAUGGGAUUCGGCCUGUACUACGAUAUCAACGCCCCCACUCGGCGUUACAUGUGUGUUCGUUACCGCUUUGCAACUAAAACUGUGGAUGUUGCUUACGCUUACUUUAUGUUCACCUUUGGCAUGAUCUUGUGCGUAGUCAUCGUCUUGUGUAACCUGACAGUAGUCACUGUCCUCAGUAAAGUAGGCAAAACUUCCAGGGGUCGCAUGGGACGAACGACCAUCUGUAAAAUCAGUCGUGAACUUUUAUUCAACCAUGCCACACAGGAAGAGAUUUCAUUUGCCAGGUUAAUGGUUGUUUUGUGUGUCUUUUUCCUCAUCUGCUGGGUUCCUUUAAUGAUGACAAUCGUAAUAGCCCAGUGGGAUCCUCAUCGGAAACACAGGAUAUUUUACCGAAUAGCCGAUAUCUGCAUGGCUCUGAACUUUAUUCUCGAUCCAGUGAUCUAUGUUCUAUCAAGAAGACCACACAGACAAGACCUGAGGAGCUUGUUCAAACCAUUUUGUCUCUAUUGUUUUCCUCAAGUACAAUGGUUAAAUACCAAUGACUCCAAAAUAUCUCAGAAGAACAGUGGAUAUCUUUGGAACUUUGGUAUGUCUGCUGUCAACCUCAGGACCUCUCAAGAUGCCUUGCCUGAACGUUCCUCACUCAAACAGAACAUUGGAGAAGAACAAUUACAACUGGAGUUUCAUAGCAGAGGGAACAAAUGUCAAUGUCCAAGAGAAAAUAAUUCAGAGUUGGGUGUAAGUCUAGAUCGGGAUCCAGCGGAAAAUGAACUUAUGAACCCUGCUUUACGUUAUCAGCGUACGUUUAUAGAGCCAAUUAUGGUUCAAAUAAAGAUUCAAAGUGGACACAAUCCGUGUUUUCGUUUUGGGGAAUUCGACAAGAAAAAAUGGUCAAAACUCACAAGAGGACAGCGGCCAUGCUGUAGGGUGAACUGUUCUAGAGACUUUGUUAGUGAUGAUUGUGGGUAUAUGAGAAUAACUCCUAUAUGUGAAGGUACGUCAACAAAAUCGUCCUUAACUUCUCACUCUCUCCCUGAAUCCCGUUGUCUAGGAAACGCAUUCAACAAUUACUCACCAGAUGUCCUCUCUAAAGGAGACUCAUCCUUUACGCACCAUUCAUAA